CUUGACCUUGACAACCACCUUCAUUCCCACAAUGGCGAGCUCUCUCCGCCAGGAUUGUCAUGAAAAGCUCUACACAUGCUACCACUGCGAGCGUAGCCUUUCAUUGGACCUCAAUCCACCUUCUCCGCCCGCGCAGAACGAUUUCCUACGCAGUGGACGCCUUCUCUCCGCUGCAGACACUGAGCUCAUGAAGCAGGAGGCUGCGAAAACCGACCUGCUCUUGGAGAGUAUUGCGCGAGAGAUAGGCGACAUGCGGGAGAUGCUGGCGAGUCUGGAGAAUGCCGAGCGCACGCUGCAGGACCUGCAGGCCACCCAGCAGGCGUACCUUGCGCCGAUUCGCAGGCUGCCUCCCGAAGUUCUCUCUGAGAUAUUCAAGCUAUACUGUGGGGACCCGUGCAUAGAUAUUACUAUGAAGCACUGCCCGCCGCUGCUCCUGAGCUCGGUCUGUAAGUCAUGGAGAGAUACUGUACUCGGCAUGCACCACAUAUGGGCCAACUUCCGAAUCUCUAAUGUGUCUUUGCUGACCCUAGAGUCCCUCCUUGGUCGUUUGAGAACGUUUUUGGCGAACGCGGGGAACGUUCCUCUACGGUUCCCUGUCCGCUACGGGACUGGAAUUGGAUUCACCCGUGCGCAUCAGGAAAUACUCCGCGAAUUUCUCCCUCAUUCGCACCGUUGGACUCAUCUAAUCAUCGCGCUACGGCCUCGCAGCUGGGCUGAUUUACGACUCAACAAACGGGAUUUCCUCGACGAGUUGAUGGGGCGGCCGCUAUCCUCCCUGACCACUCUCGAAGUCAAGCGGAGCGAUUUCACCAGAGGCGAUAUGAGCUUCUUCAGUGGAGUUCGUACUCUCCGCCGUCUGGUUUUCCAGGAGGACUCGAAUGCAGGAGCGGAAGGCGAUGGCGGAGAGUCGACCAUACCGUGGCAUCAGCUGGAAGAACUCUCGACCAACGCGUCAGCCGCAUAUGCAUUGACGCUGCUCCGGCGCUGCCCUCAACUGCGUGUAUGGGAGCACAAGGGCGCGGUCUCGUCUAUGCCUCUGCCAGCGCCGUCAUUACCCACUCCCCUCCCACGCUUGCAGAAGAUCGACAUCCGCAUCUACUCUCUGAGCGACGUGAAGAUCCUCGAGAGAAUAGAGACCACAGAACUUCGAGACCUCAGUAUGGCAUGGAUGACCUAUUCUGGCACCGAGGCCACUGGCACCGGCAACAUCACGCGCUGGGCGCACGAUCUGCGCCAGCUACGUCUGUCCGAUCCGCCUCGCGCGUUGAUCAUCGAAGACUUCCUGAAGAGACUACGCGCUGUGACGUCGCUGAUGCUGCGUGCCUCAGAGGACGCUACGUUGACGCAGUCCUUCCUCGACGCGCUGUCAGCCAGCGGCCCGGCAGCGUCGGAGCGCAUGCUGCCGUGCUUGGAAGUGCUCGACCUUUCCGGCCACAGUACUUUCGAAGCGUCAGCUCUGCCUCGGAUGAUUAAAGCGCGGACGGAAGCGAAUUAUCCGCCGCUCGAGGUCUUCUGCUCGUUGUCUAUGUGCUGAGAGGGUCCUCGAAGCAUCUCAUUCCCCGAAAGCAUGUGGACGAAAUUGACUAUGGAAUUGAUUGGAUGCAUGGCCGAAGUGAUUCAAUUUUUGUACUACAGUACAUUUUAUUUCCGCGCCUUGUAGUGAAGUCGAAAGAGCGACUCCGAGUCCAUACUUCAACUCAUCACAUGCUCGUGAG